UUGCUGGAUACGAGCCUUACUGUAGACACUACUCCUUUCGGCAUCAACCCGGAAAUUCAAACAUCCGUUCGCGUUGGAGAUUACUACUCAAAGUACUCAUGAAUGAACAAAUGAAGAAAUUACAGUGAAUCCAGCAGCUGUUUUUAUUCCAAGAAGAUUUUUAUCGCAUUAAUCUCUUGGUCAUAAUGAUUAUAAAAGGACUGUUCGGAAGAUAUGAAAGGUGGAACCCUGUUCAUCCGACUUAUGGAGCAUUUUGGGGCAUGGGUGUCGGCAUUGGCUGUGGUGUUGGAUGGGGUCCAGGAUUUGGUCCUGAAGUGGUAGGCUAUGUUGGAGCUGGCUGUGGUGUGGGUUUCAGUGUAGGUAUCACUCUAGCUGGCUUUGGUCUGGGUCUUCCUAUUAACUUCAUCUUUCAAGCCCCUUUUCAAGCAAUUACAGCAACAAGAGGCUCUGCAUUGGAAUCAGCACAUUUCAAUGGUUUUCUUUCUGGAAAACAUGUUGCUGGGAAUAGCUGGAGUGGAAUUGCAAGAUGUGUUUCUUACCUGCAUAGAGAGGCUGCGGAGAAAUUAUCUAGCUUUAGGCAAAGGCAGUUAUUGAUCAAGGGGAAAGAUUGAUAGCUUCAUCAGAUCCUUCGUUUCCAUUAGUUGCUGAAGGAAGCGAAAUUGACAACCUUCAGUCUUUCAGCACGAGGCUAUGCACUACAGAAUGUAUUUUUGUCUAGAUUUUUAGACAAGAUGCUUGUCUUUUCCUUUUCUUUAAUUGGUUCAUGUGCAUAGAGUUAAUUCAAAUCAGUUCAGUAUUUUACUACUUUAUAAUGAUGAUUUGGUAUGAGUUAUUUAACUUCUCAAGAGCCCAUACCAAUGUAAUACUAACUCAAUCCUAACAAACCUUGUACAUCUCUAGCUUUCAUACAAAUACUCCCAAGGGUUAUUAUUUAUUACUGUAAACUAGACAUUAUUCCACAAAGUUUCAUAUUUUAGGAGAAUAUUCUAGCAGCUUAUUUUGUAAAUGGCUUAGAUCUCGGGAUAAUAGUCCAUGCAUCAUGCGUUUCUUCGCCACUAGAAUCAUGAACUUAACUAUCUGUAUAAACUUUGCACCAAAGUUUUCCAUCACUAUUGGGAAUUGCAUACCAGAGAAUUUACAUGGCCCAGCCUCUGCUUUCCGGAUAUCAACCUCAGGGGCACCUUUGAUCUUCCAGACUUCAGAAUCAAUCACCGAGCUUCACAGCCUCAAAUAGCUCCUUCAGGUGAUCCUUCUUCAUCGUACAAAGAAUCUCAUAAAGAAGAGGAAUAGUGGCAUUCGCCUUGUGAAUGACCUGACCCCAUAAAAAGUUAUCCAUGUCCUGACCGUUAGCUUCUCUGGGUUCAAGCAGCUUCUUCUUCUUUCAACAGUCUCUGCUUUUGCCUAUUUUCAGGUACUUUUUUUGGGAUACAACGGAAAUAAUUUUCAGCCACUUUCUUAUCAGAGGGAAUGCGUAUUCCAAGAACCAAGUUGGUAUGGAAGUGAAAACAGAAAAGAGAUUGCAAGCAAGCACUGUGUUUGUCUGAAAUGAAGCAGGGUUACAGCUGGUGGAUAAUGCUUCUUUGUUUGUUUGUUGUUGUUUGAACUUUGCUUGGUUUCUGUUGAAUGAAAUUUCAUGGUAUUUAUUCAACAAGAAAUAACGUAGGAAACAGGUUCAGGAAAAAGUACAAAAUAGGUGAAAUGUAUGGAGACACAGAAGUAGGUAGGUAAGGAUCUUGGGGAACAGAAUAAGGAAAAAAAGUACAGAGAAAUAUGAUGCGAGGGACUGAGUACGUUGUGGACGAGUAUGGAUAUGGUUAAAAUCCAAACGGAGAAUUGGAGACUUGGAGCAUAUCAUGUGAUCUGUUUGGAAGGAUCAUUUUGAUCCUUCGACAAAAAGCGAAGCGCCACUCAGUUUGACUUGUUACGACUGUCUAGAGAGGGUAUCUACAUCAAGAAUGCUUUGACUCUGCUCUCAAACAACCGUUCAACGUUAACACAGUUGAUGGGUAAAUGCUAAUUUUACAGCUUUACUUCCCCGCGUGGUGCAUGUUACCUCCUUUAACUUUCGCAUACGUUUGGUUACUUUGCUCAUCGCACUAACAAAGAUAUUCAAAUUA